GAGACUUUGGGGGAGCCAUCAUCUGAUAAUCCUAAUCUAUUAGUCCCGGGACGAGUUUUUGAUCUUCGAUUUGGACCAUGAAUGGGCAAUCUGCGUCCUGCUUCGAAGUGGAUAAGAAGCCCUUCCUGGCCGGUAACUCUCUCCCAGGGACGAAGGAGUCGCCGACUCUCCCGGAGUCUUCCUCCACGGACCUGGGCUUCUACAGCGGCCACGGGAGCCUCCAGCAGCAGCAGCAACACCACGGCCAGCAGCAUGACUUCUACCCGGCACAGCAGCAGUCGUUCGCAGGCCAGCCCCUCAACCCCUACUCGUACCACCAUCACCACUACAACCUGAGCGGGCCGUACUCCACAGGUAAAGCCGAGUACCCCCCCUACCCGUCGCCCCCUUACCGCCAGCAAGGAGCAUUCAGCCGGGCGGGGAAGUCACCGUUGGAGGAUCUCGUGAAAGAGGAACCAGAGGUGGAGGUUCGCAUGGUCAACGGGAAGCCCAAGAAGAUCCGCAAGCCCCGCACCAUCUACUCCAGCUACCAGCUGGCCGCCCUGCAGCGGCGCUUCCAGACUGCGCAGUACCUGGCCCUGCCCGAGAGGGCUGAGCUGGCCGCCCAGCUGGGCCUGACGCAGACACAGGUGAAGAUCUGGUUCCAGAACCGCCGCUCCAAGUUCAAGAAACUCUACAAAAACGGAGAAUUCCCCUUGGGGGAUCUGCCCAUCGACCACAGCCCGGACGCCAGCGACUCCAUGGUUUGCAACUCCCCUCCAUCCCCUGCCGUGUGGGAAAAUAAAACCACCAACAACAACAAUAACAACAACAACAUCAACAACGACGAGGAAGGCAGCGGCGUCGACAGCAACAACCUCAGCAGCAUCGGCAACAGCAGCAGCAGUAACCGCAAAAGCCAUGCACUACUGGAAGACGCCAGCAGGGGGCAUGGCCUUUACCAGUCUCCGGUCAGCUCGACUGCGGCCUACAUGGCGGAGUACACGCACCAGAACUGGUACCCGCAGCACGGCGUGCAUUUAGAAUUGCCGGCUUCUGCGCCCGCACCGCCGUCAUCACAGAAUUUGGGAGCCGUGUACUGAGUCAUCGUCACAAGACUGCAAGAAAAUAAAAUGCCCUGCAGGUGUUUUGAUUUGGAAAACCUCUGCGUUUUGGUUCCUCUCUCAAUGGGAGGAUUGUGAGGCCUAUUUUGUAUUUGUCGUUGACCCACUUCGACAGUUUCUCACGCCUUUUAAAGGACAAACUUUUAAAUUAUUUGAGACUUGAAACACUUGACUUUUCCGUCCCUUAUUUAGGAACUAGGAUUUAUUUUGAUAAGGAAUCUAAGGUGUGAUGGUGGCGUUAUUAUUUUUUGGGGGGAAAUGAGUCCCAAUGAACACGUUGUUUAAAGUGUUUUCCAACGUCAGCCUGGUUAUCAGAGGGCAGUGUUUAGGAGGGAGGUUUUAUGUCUCGUUCUCCAAGGUCAAAUUGUGUAUACUGUCCUGGUAUUCCUCUUUAAGGGGAAAAGAGAUAAUCGCUAUUCACUGAACUCCUCCAUCGUGUUGUCUUUGUGUUUAUUUAUAUUUCAACAUGUGUAGGGAUUUCCCUUAUUUUCCUGCUACCUUCACUUGCAAACUCUACUACUGCCUUACUUUUGGAACACAACUUCUCAUGAUUAUAAAAAAGGCUUGUGAUAAUAAUCACAUACUGCGUCCCUCGACAGUAGAAAAUGACUCCUCAAAGCAAAAUUGUAACGCUACUCUGAAUCUCAUUGCCUUACAUCUCACAGCUUUAGUUAGUUAUUACAAUUCAGAAACAUAUUUUUCAAUGAUACACAAAAACAUGACACUUUUUGCAAGCAAUGUCUGAUAAGCCAUAUGUUGUAUAUAUUUAUAGUUAUUGGUGAGCUGAUCACUUUAGUUGAAGAUUUUGUAUAAUGCUAGACUAAAUAAUAAUAAAA